UUCGUGAACGACACAUCCCUAUUUGAUUCGUUCGUUCGUGAACGACACAUCCCUAAUUCUUCGGUUCAAAACAAUCAAACCUUUAAAAAUACGUUAAAAUAAUUUCAAAUAAAAACUUAAACAUUUUCAAAAUGAAUCAACCAGUUACUGAUAUAGGUACAAAUGAAAAAGUAAAAGAUAUAAAGGGUGAUCUUAGCCUACAGCUAGUCCAAUCAAGAGAAGAACUAGAGCAAGCAAAAUAUGAGUUCAAGAGGAAAAUCGAUAGUUUCGAAGCAAAUGAAAAACAUUAUGCCGAUGAAAUAGAUUAUUGGAAGGAAGAGAAUGAUAAACUGAAGAAUCAAUUAAAAUGCCUAAACAAUAAAUUUGAGGAAGUGUCAAUUCGCCAAAAGAAUGCUGAAACGGAAGAAACAUUUGAGUUAAUUGAGAAAGCACAUCAAGUGGAGGCUGAAAAUGUGAAACUGAAAAAACAGCUGGAAGACUUACAAAAUAGAACCAUAAUAGAUAUUAAUGAUUUUGAACAAGUUCAAGAAUUAGAAGUUCAAGUUUCUGAUCUAAAAGAAAAACUUCAGGAUUUGAAUGUAGUAUCUAUGUGCAAUGAGGCUAAAUGCAAUGAGCUGGAAGAAAGAAAUUUGGCCCUAGUUAAAGAAAACCAAGAAUACCAAAAAAUUCUCGAUCUGACAAGAAAUGAUUUGAGACAAUCCAAUGCAAUUAUUAUGGAGCUCCAAGAUGAAAUAAGUGUUCUUAGGAAAGAAAUAUUUGAAAUUCAAAACCAACCAAGGGAUAUGAAUGUCAAAGGAAAUUCUCUGUUUGCGGAAGUAUAUGAUAGCCGGAAUAGAAUAAAAGAAAAAUUCCUCACUCUUGCGGCAAAAUAUAAUAGAACAUUGAAAGAAAAGGACAGUCUUUCUGAAGAAGUUAAAAUAUUGAGGUCAGAAGCGUUUGCAUUGAGAGAUAUAUUUGAUAAGGAAAUGAAGAAUUUCAAACCUGGAAACAUGUUCGAAUUGAAUGGGGAUAGUGCCUCAAUGAGUGCCAUGAGGGAUCUGGUGCAAAGCUAUAAGGAAGAAAUCGAUAAGUUGACACAGCAAGAACUACCAGCAGAAAAAGAUUAUAGGUAUUAUGAGGCAGUCAUACAGCGGCAGAGGAAAGAAGUAGAUAAACUCAGAGGCAUUCUGAGUGAUCACUCUAUGACCCAUUCUAUGAGGGCUAGAAAGAUUUCUCAAUUAUAUUACCAGAUGGCAUCAUGGAAAUCAAGGACAGCAGAAUUGGAAAGCGAGAAAAGAUUUUUGGACUUGAAGUUACAGGAAUUAGAAAACAAAAUUUUAGAUUUACAAUCUGAACUCGCAAAACCUGAAGAAAAGAAAGAUACUGAAGAAAAAAAAGAUACCGAAAAUGCUGGUAAUAAAUUGAUUCAAAGUUCACUGAAGAAAGAACAAAAACCUAAAAAAGAAACAAUAACAAUGCCCAAAGUCGACAGAUCCCAGAGCCUUUCUGAAUGUUUCAGUAAUAAAAAGAUGAGAAUAAUACCACCAGAAGUAAUAGAGGCAAUAACACAACCACAAAAAAAAUCGUAUCCUACCAAGGAAUCAGAAAGGAAAAGUUGCUCAGUGAAUGAAAACAAAGAAAAUAAAUCUAUUGAGAAUAAUGAUGAUAUAAAAACAGAAGAAGUUCAGAAUGAAGAAAAUACAAAAUCUAUUGAUUCAAACGAAUACACAAGAAGGAAAAGAACUGUGCAAUUCAGAGAAGAUGCCAAAAAGGAAGAUGGUGAGAAUAGUAGACCUGGUGGAAAAUACAAAUAUGUUAUUAAUACUAAAACAAAGGAAGUACGACAAAUAAAGUAGAUUAUAGGAUUUUCUUUGUUGUGGAUGUAAUUUUAUAUUUAAUUGACCUUAUAUUAUAUACUGAGAGAUUAUUAAUAGAGUAUUUGAAUGUU